AUGGCUUACUGCAACGGUAUAUUUAAACGAAUGAAGCCGUGGGGUUUCCUUUCGCUAUGUGUUUUCUUAGGAUUAUAUGGCAUGAACACAGCUCUUCUAGCUCUUCAUUUUGUUUAUAGAUACAUUGCUGUUUGUAGGCAAAAUCUGCUGAAUAUCUUCCACAACACAUCCUCCAUAGCCGCUGUGAUUAUGUCAGUAUUUUCGUGGGGUCUGAUUUACGGUUUUAUAACGUUUUAUUGUUUUGCCCCCAAUGAGCACUACUACAAAUAUGCCAACCAAUCUGUUUAUGAAACGUUUGGAGUAGAUCCGCACACUAUAUCUUUCUUCUGUGUUUUUACUCAUGUAAGUUAUAAGCAAAGGUUUCUGCGAAUGUUACCCAACAAAUUCAGGCAAAAUCUGCUGAAUAUCUUCCACAACACAUCCUCCAUAGCCGCUGUGAUUAUGUCAGUAUUUUCGUGGGGUCUGAUUUACGGUUUUAUAACGUUUUAUUGUUUUGCCCCCAAUGAGCACUACUACAAAUAUGCCAACCAAUCUGUUUAUGAAACGUUUGGAGUAGAUCCGCACACUAUAUCUUUCUUCUGUGUUUUUACUCAUGAAAAGAAAGAAGGUGCGACAAUAAUUCACUGGCCAUCAACCAUUGGGCUAUGUAUUGUCUUUGUCAUGAUGAUAAUCACGUUUACACUCAUGAUGGUUUGUGGCAUUAAGAUGCACAGAACUUUGAAACAAUCUUCCAUGAGUCCAAAAGCAAGGAAGUUGCAGAAUCAGAUGUUAAAAGCUUUGGCACUGCAGGUUCGUAUUAACAUUGGAUUCUUUCCAUUUUUUUGA